AAGAAUGUGGUCUCGACAGCAAAGCCGAUUUGCCCAUGAGCAAAUUAUGGAAGUAUUAUUCAGAAGCGAAGGAUAGGAGUUCAGAUUCCUCCACUAAAAAUAUGCACGAAAUAGCAAAUUAUUGCAUUAUAGACGCCUUACGUUGUCAGGAACUCAUGGUCAAACAUAAUAUAAUAAAUGAUUACAGAGAGGUGGCCUCAAUCGCUCAUAUAUCAUUAUUCGACUCACAUUAUUAUGCUAUAGGAAAAAAAGUAUCUAAUCUCUUAGGUGCUGAAGCUUGGGCGCAGGAUAUUCUAUACACCACGAAAAUUUCCAAUCAGAAAAUAUCUGGGAAGUUUCCAGGAGCGUAUGUGUUUCCGCCAGAGAAAGGUCUUGAAAAUAAACGUCCUGUCACAGGUUUAGACUUUGCUUCCUUAUACCCUAGUAUAAUCAUGACCUACAACCUCUCACCCGAGAAGAUGGUCUCAACACUUUCGGAAGCAGAUAAACUAAAGAGAGAGAAUAAAGUGCUUCACAGUAUCGAGUUCAAGUAUGGCGGUAAACCU